AUGACCCAACGGCCAAUCUCCAUCUUCAAGCGCCUCCAAGCGCUAUCUCCAAAAGGCUCCAUCAUGCCCGAUAUGCCAGACCCACAACCGUACUACAGCUACAACCACACUACCCAGACAUGGAGCCCGGUUGAAACAGACUCCACCGUGGAACCCACAACCACAACUACAACUACAACUACAAUAAACACCAACACAACUCCUCUCAAAACCUUCACCCUAACAACCUGGAAUAUCGACUUUCAGCAGCCCUGCAAAGCAGAACGGACUCAAGCUGGCCUAAACUAUCUUUCAACAGUCCUCCUCAAACCCAGCGAUGACAAAAAUAACGACGUUACACCAAUAAAUAUAAUUUUCCUUCAAGAAAUGGUCCCCAACGAUCUAACCAUCAUCCAACAAACAAAAUGGAUACAGGAUCACUUCUUCAUUACCGAUUUGAACCAUACACAGUGGAGAGGGUCCUACGGAACGACGACACUGAUAGAUAGACGGUGUCAUGUACAGCGGGUUUUUAGGGUCCCGUAUUCGACGUCUAGAAUGCAGAGAGACGGGCUUUUCGUGGAUUUGGAUUGUCAAGAGGGAGGAGAAACUGGUGGAACCCUUCGUCUCUGCAACACCCACCUCGAAAGUCUCCUCUCCAACCCCCCAAUCAGACCGAUGCAACUCCAUCUCGCUUCGCAGUUCAUGCAUGGGUCUGGACCAGGAGAGACAGACUUACCCACUCCGCACGCGGCCAUAUUAGCCGGUGACCUCAAUGCCUUCGCGCCUGAGGAUCUCACCGCGCCGAAUGAGUGUGCGCUCCGCGAUGCGUUUCUGGUUCUUGGUGGGAAGGAUGGCACGGAGGAGAGCUUCACGUGGGGUCAGCAGAUUCCCAAUUGGUUAAGGGAGAAGUUUGGAUGUUCUCGUAUGGACAAGGUUCUGUUUUGUGGUGGGUUGGAGGUGGAGAGGCUGGAGAGGAUUGGAGCUGGUGAAAUGGUUUGGAUCGAAUAUCCGGAUGUGAGCGAUGAGGAGACCGAGGAUGAGAAAGGGGAGGAAGUGUGGAUUACCGAUCAUUUGGGAUUGUGUGCUGACUUUAGAAUUACGAGAUUGGGGGGAGAGUAG